AUUGAGACAUUCCUAUCCCAACAAAGACUGCAGCCACGUCGAACCUAGCGCUGGAAACUGGAGUACCUACUUACAAAUUUUACUCUUUUGUUAGCGCACAAUUUGUUUUUGAGGACACCUUGGAAUUGGCGCAUCGAGGAUUCCUGUUUCACUUGUCAUGAAUACUUCAAUGCCUGUCCCAAAGAUAGUGCUAAAAAGCACAACCAAACAAACUCUCAAUGAUCGAUUCACCAAGAUCAUCAAGAACCGCCCAGCAGUGACUGCUCAACAGCGGACGGAGACCAUGCUGCAGCAGCAGCAGGUGUCUGCCGCUAACAGGCGGCUGGCCCUGCAGAUGGAGAACCGGAUGUCAGUCCAGGCUGCCUUGCAGCCUGCCAAGCAGUCACUGAAACAGCGCCUUGGACAACCAAACAUCCGUGGUCGUCUGGGCACCCCAACUGGCCAGCAGGGACAACGCAGGCUACGAGGUGGGCGUGUCAGGGGCGUGGUCUUCACCCGGGGCGGCAGGGGCAUGGGCCGGGCCCUCGGAGCCAGAGGUGGCGUCAGCAGAGGGGGUGCUGCAGUGCGGGCCAAAGGGCGUGGAGGACUUCGGGGAGCCAGGGGCGGUGCACAGAUGGGACGAGGUGGACGAGGCGGACGAGGCAUGGCCAGGGGACAGAUGACGGGAAGAGGGCGGGGCAUGCAGAGGGGCGGAAGAGGAGCCGUGAGAGGCUUCAGAGGUCGAGGAGCAGGCCAGCUUCAGGUCAGGGGAGGCCGAGGACGAGGUCUUGGACGAGGGCGGGGCCGUGGGCGUGGUCGGGGACGUGGCCGCGGGGCAGCCGCACCUGCCCAGCUGAAUAAGGAGGAUCUGGACAACCAGCUGGACGAUUACAUGUCCAAGACAAAGUCAGGACUGGAUGCCGAGCUGGAUGCCUACAUGGCGGAGGCCGACAUGGAAUGAGCGAAGCCCCCACUGGAGGGCUUUUCACCUCUCGACUUCAUCUCCUCCUCUAGCUUUAAGGAGUCAUUUUCAAAAUUCAGUCUUCUGAGAUGGGACUGCCCCUUCUCAAAGCAGCUCUAUUUUCUGCAUUCAAAAACAUCUAAUUAUGGAAUAUGAAAAUAAGGGGUCCUUUUUUCGGGAGGGGGUUAUAAGUAAGAAUGGUUGAGCUUGAGAUGUUUGAGAUGGAGAUGAGUCAGAGAUUUGAACAGGAGCCCUGGUUAAAUCUGCACUGCAGCCAUUUUUGUAAGUUUUUUGGCAAAAUAGAGCCACUGGAUUAUAAGUGUAGAUAACAUGUACACAUGUAUAGCUCUUUAGUGGUCAUGUGAGCCUAAGGCUGUGUUCAGUUUUGUUUGUCAAGGGAUUGGGUGAUUUUAUAAAAGCAUGCAUUUGCUAACAGAAGCCCAAUUUCAAAACAGUCUUGCAGGCUCCUGGGACAAAGAUUACUGGACAGAUGUGGCUCGACAGUGAUUUAGGUCCACGGUUAGUUGAAUAAGUCAGAAAAUCUGUGACCUGGUACUCCCAAACUAGCUCAAAGUUGGUAGCGUCCGAUUCGUAAAUCUUACAAGGUUAGUAGCACAUUCAGCUUUUAGGAAAAUUCUUCCGGCAAUUGAAAGAUACUGGAACGAGUGAAUGAAAUGUGAAUAUAAUGGGUACCAUUACCUGACCAUCUGCAGAAGAGGGAACCCAGUGUUUCAAAUGUUAGGUUGAAAUCUGCAGGGUUCAUGUCAAAGGUUUACAGGUUACGUUACACUUUGCAUUGCAUGGAGCAAACUGGUCUUCUCAUCUGCAGGCACAAGCGCCAUCAUACACAUCACUGCGCUUGGAUUAAAGAGGUAUCCCGCUCUGACUAGAGGUGUUCCUUUGCUGGCAGAGGAGAGGCAGGGUGGUGGGCAAAAUUUGAGCUUGGCGCGCGACACGGUUAAAGACAAUGUUUCAACAGUGCGUCCAAUGCUAAAUGUACAUUUACCUCUUUUUUUUCCCAUCAAAGGAAGGUCAUUCCAUUUUAGAAACGUGCUAUCUCUUAUUCCUUCAAAGGUAGUGUCAUGUGAAGUUGAAAAUUUUAUUAAAACAAUAAUGACAUCUUGAGAGUUUAGUCUCUGCUAGCUUUAGCCUGGCUUGGGGGUCGCAGGUCGCACAUGUCUUCAGAGGUAGAAGUGUAACAGGGAAGAUGGUUAAAAUGGUUUGGUAUUGCCAACCGGCAUUUUAUGCCAUUUGUCUUUUGUUUACCAAGAUCACUUCUUUCUGUCAGGGUUCAUUAUGAGGUACAUGUUGCUGCAAGGUCUAAGUGAAAUAGCUUUGCAAAAGUAUGCUUCCAAUGCUCCAUAGUUAUGUUAAUAUACCAAAGUACCACGAAAGUGCUCAGUCAUUCUUUGAAUAAAUCAUAAGCAGUAUUGCAGUUGAAUCCAUUUCAAGUCUACAUAAGUCCAUUCAGAUGAGCUGAACAAGGCAUUUCUUGCUGUUAGUUCCCGGUUACAUUUGACCUGUUUUUUUUAAAGUUUCCCAUGUACUUGUGGCCAGUGUUGUAGUUCAGUGCAUCACAAGUCCAGUCAGUCUUUUUUACAAGUCCUAAAGUAACAAGAUGUUCAAGAACAAGACUGCUUCCGUCACAGUGCAUUUGAACAGUUUGUAACUUGAGACUGAAUGACCUGUGAUGAACUUGUGGUUAACUUGACACCUAGUCUUGUAAAGUCAGGCUAUAUAAUUGGACACUAGCCCUUGAAUUUAGGAUUCGAAAUCGUCUUCCUACCAAAGUGUUGAAUACAGCAUAUACAUUUACUUGUAUUUUGAUCUGACCAGAGAAAUGUAAGUGACUGUUUUUUUCCUUGUUCAGCCUCCAGAAAUGCCUGAAAAGAAGCUUUCUGUCCCAGCACUGGACAUGAAACUUAUACCUUAUGGAAAUUUUAAAGACUUUUUUCUACAGCAUGUUGUCUACAGUUUAACAGGAAUCUGAUUUGUAAGUUAAUUGUUUAAGAUCUCUCAAAAACCUAUCCUAUUUGUUCUUCCCAUUCUGUUAGAAUUUGCUUUUAAUGUACAUAACUUUCCUUCAUUUUAAGUGCAUGUUUUUGUAUCUGUGAUUUAAAUGUGCAAUAGUCAUGCACUGUUCCACAUACACGUGUUUUGUCUGUCACAGAAGUGGCUUUUCAAAUUUCUUUGAACAUUUUUGGUUCAAGCCUUCUUUUAGUUUCCUUGGCUCAUAUGCUUUAUGUUCUUGAUAUUGCUCACCAGCAUUACCAGGUGCUGUCAUUAACCAUGGGCCAACAACAGAAAUUUAGGGAAAUGUUGCGUAAGAAGUGUACAUUGUACAAAGAAAAUGGAAAAGGGAGUGAUUUCCUUGGUGGAUUGAACACUGUUGCCAAAAGUGGUCAAGUGAAAUUACUAGAAGGAUUAGCUAGCACUGUUUUAAUUGAAAUAAAAAAGUUGCUGUUUCAGUAACUUCA